CACAGACUGUGUCGCACGGCCCCGCAGCGCACCGUCAUCCUGCUCGGGACGCGCCUACUGGAUUAUCUCUCGGUCAGUUGACGCAGCAGCAGUCGGAUCUGAGCGACACUUUUUUUAUCAUGCGAGAUUUUAGCUGAGCGCAUCAGAAAAAUCGCCUCUUUUUUGGUGGAAGAAGAUCGUUUCACUCCAAGCGUGACAUCAAUGCCAGAUUCAGCAACGAUGAGCAAAAACGGGAUAGUGACAAAGAUCCACACGAGGAUAAGAAGUGACCCGUUCACAGCCAAUUACGAGCUGGUCGGCAAAGAGCUGGGCAGGGGAAAGUUUGCGGUGGUAAAAAAGUGCAUUGAGAAGGCAACAGGGAAGCAGUACGCCGCCAAGUUCCUGCGAAAGCGGCGGAAGGGCGAGGACUGCCGCAUGGACAUCUUAAACGAGAUCGCCGUGCUGGAGCUGGCCAAGGCAAACCCCUAUGUGGUGGCGCUGCAUGAGGUCUACGAAACCAACACCGAAAUCAUCCUCGUUCUGGAGUGUGCCGCCGGUGGCGAAAUCUUCGACCAAUGCGUUGCCGAUAACGACGAGGCCUUCACAGAGAAAGAUGUGAUCCGGCUGGCCAAGCAGAUCCUGACUGGGGUGGCCUUCCUGCAUCGGAACAAUGUGGUGCACCUGGAUCUGAAACCCCAGAAUAUCUUGCUGACGAGUGCCAGACCUCUGGGGGACAUUCGUAUUGUGGACUUUGGCUUGUCCAGACGCAUGGACAGCAUCACAGAAGUCAGGGAGAUCCUGGGUACCCCAGAGUAUGUGGCACCGGAGAUCCUGAACUAUGAACCCAUCAGCACUGCGACAGACAUGUGGAGCAUCGGGGUCCUGACCUACGUCAUGCUGACCGGCGAGUCUCCCUUCCUGGGCAACGACAAGCAGGAGACGUUCCUCAACAUCUCCCAAGUCAACAUAGACUACUCGCAGGACACGUUCGAGGGGAUCUCCUCCCUGGCUGUUGACUUCAUCAAGUCCUUGCUGGUUAAAAACCCCAGGAAGAGAACCACGGCAGAAGACGGCCUCAACCACCCCUGGCUGAACUCGCUCCCCCAUCCCCACUCCCACCCGCACCUCCACGCCAGGUCGGCCUCGUCUUUGGACGAGCCGGAGACGAGCCAGUCGGAGUCGGAGCCCGAGAGCCCGGCUCCCUCGCCUGAGCUGGACUUGAUCGAGUCGUACCUCAUGUGCCCGGGCCAGGGUGAGCUGAAGACAGGCCGCGACGCCUUCUCCUUCGGCGAGCCCCCGUUUCCCACGCGACCCGAGAUACAGCAGGAGCUUAUCUGCUGAGCAGGGGUUCGCAGAUGGAGGGAGGUGGAAGGGACUCCACGGGGCAGACGCUGAAAGCCAGUGAGCCUGCAGCUUCUUGGUCUUGACCUGACUCAGGGCCGUGCUAUAUGGAUGCUGUACGCCUGCUGUUGGCCGCUUCUACUGCUGUGAUGUCUGUGAGCUGGGCUGUGUGUAGCGUGAUACCUCUGUGUGUGUGUGUUUGUGUGUGUGUGUGUUUGAAUAAAUGCACGCCACUCCAUGCUGAUUUAUGAUUGCACGGAAGGAAUGUAAGAGGAAUGAGGACACAGGAGAAAGGAGACACACGAGGACCGCUGCCUUAAAAGUGACAGACCUGAACUGGGCUCAUCUUAACACUGUGGCUAGUUCACCCCUGCACACACACUGGUUCCUCUUUUCACCCAAUCAGCCUUUUGAGCUGGGUUUCAGAAGAGAUGCAGCCUCCCACUUCCUUGGGAAACGACUUCACUCACUGUGUGCUCUCAUUAAAACAAGUUAUGCUUCAGCUGACCCAGACAUAUCCUCUGUGAUGAGCUUGUUGAAGGAAGUAAAGGGCUUUUUGUCAGAUGGCUCUACUUAACAAGAGAGUUAAAGCAAAGAACAGCUCCAGACGUUAACUGUUCCACUGUUUCAUGUCUAUUUAGACGUAUUCAUUAUACCACUUCACCCCCUUUAAAUACACAAAGACACAUCAAUGCCUGAGUUUAAGUUGGAAAUAGUAGCAUUAUUAUUUUUAAGGACAAUCUUGAGCACUUUUUAUUUUGUCAUUGGACUUCCAUGUUAUAAUAAGAAACCAAAGGCUCAUCAAGCACAGUCAGCUGUCACACAAUGUACUGUACAUAUUAACCAUUUUCCACCACUCACUGUUUUUUUUUUUUUCACGAAUGGGCCACUUAUUCAACCUCACUUCUGUGUUAAUAUUACAGUUUUUCAUUUUUGUUUGUUUGUUUUGUUGGCUAUUGCACAAGUUGCACAAUUUUUUUUUUUUUUUGUACUUAACGAGCGAGGUUGCCACUAGAUUUUGUGCUUCAGAUAUUGUGAAAACAUCAUUCUUGGAAGGAGGGAAUGGCAGGGGUAGAGAGCGACAACUUAGUUUUGUUAUUAUAUUUGUAACAGAUGAACAAUGGCCUUGUCAAGAGAAAGGCCCAGGUUUGUAUAAAUAUGUCAUGUUUGCCUUCAGAUGCUUGGGAGCAGAAAAACUGGGAAGAAUUUUACAAAAAAGUACUGAAAUGUAUAUUGUGAGUUAUUAUUAAGAAUAAUCUGGAAAAAUAAUUGUGUUGUGUUGUUUUUUUUUCUACCUUUGUAUGAGUGUUAACAUCAUUAUAUAAUAUACAUCGUGUCUUAUUUUGUACAUUAACUUUUACUUACUCCUGUUUUUUUUUUUCUGCUCAAGAAUUUCAGGCAGGUUUGCACUUGUCCUUGUGGACAUUAUGUUGAAAUGAAUAAAUGUUGAUGGCGUGCAUUGCAAAAUGCUACGACGAAAAAUACAUGUGCAUUUUGUAUAACC